CUUCCUCGAUUUUAAGGAUUGCAAGCAACAAAUACAUUUACUGAAUUUACACGUCACCAACUAAUUAAUUAUGUUGGUACGUGCCCAGCUAAAUACAUCUAGCAAUCAUAUAAAUAAUUUUAAGCCAACAACUUUACUAACUACUAAUUAUGCAGAUGGAAGUGGAAUCGAAUAACCAACAGCCAGGCAAUUUCCUAUGUCUAGCCACAAGUAGUAAAAAUGGAAUUCUCAGCAUAAACGUUGCCCUCUGCCAACAACUUUUUGGCGUUCAGAAUAACUCAUCCACUCCUAGCCUUUCUAUCGUCGGAUUAAUCCUGGACCCUAACAAUGGGAAUGAAGACUCUCUUCUUAUGCGGGAAAUGUUAUCACACCUUCGAGACGACGGACAAGAAACGCAGCUUGAGUUUUAUGAACAAUUCGACAAUGACUUGAGUGAAUUUAAAUCAAACAAAACUGAUCCAAUGCUGGUCGCCUGGUCGGGCGAACUCUGGGUGAAAAAAGGUUCUUCGUCCCGAAUUCGGGUAUACAUUUUGGAUAUAAUUGGAACAUUCCAGGAUGGAAUGAAAGAUCCGAAUUACAUCGCCCUAGCUGGACUAUCGCUGGUGAUGUCGUCGUCAGUAGUUGUCAUGAUCGAUGAGGACUUAAAGAUGGAUUAUAUAAGAAACUUCGUCCCCCUUCUGGCUCAAGGACUUCGAUCGGAGCAAUUCGACCAUUAUAAACAAAUUAACCUUCUUAUCCACAAAGUAAAAUCGACCCGACAAAAAGGAAACAACUCGCCCCACUCACUUCUAGAUUUUUCAAAGAGUAGAAUCAAUGAUGACCCAAUGUCAAAGAUACUUGACCUAUUUAACGUCUUCAAUUGUCACAAGGUCCCCGCGCCACAACUUGGAAACGAGGUUCUCAGGAAGAAUUUAUUACAAAAUUUUUUAUCGUCAAUAUUUGACUCCUCCAUCAGCAUAAAAUAUUUCCACAAUGGUGCAUCCAUGAAAGGAGAAAAUAUUAUAGAAAAAAUGGCGAAACAUCGAGAUAUUGUUGCAAAUUCAAAUUGUCAAACACUUAUAAAACCUGAGCACAAUUUGCGUAAAGAGGAAGAAAAUGAUGGCUCUGGUCUUGUCGAGGUUAAUAAAGAAGAUGACGACAAAAUAAUUUUAUUAUCUGCGAUGGAAAAGUACUUGAAGGAGUAUAAUUCAGAAAUUGAGAAAGAAGCAAGUUCCGCCUUGACGUUAGGUUUGUUAGAAGGAGCUCAUAAGCAAAGCAUUGCUAAAGUCGUUAAGAAUUUCAGAAAAGAAUUUAGCGGAUCUACACUUUAUGCUCAAUUCGAGCAAAAAUUAGUCUCUGAGUUAGCCAUAAUAGGGGAUAAGGCAAUUUCAAAAUUUAAAACCAACUUAGCCCCUACGAGGUCAAGCUUAACUUUUGUGACUCCGUCAGUAGCGCCACGACCGCGAAUGACUGAUAAGAGGACGCUUUUUUCUGUACAAAAAGAUUUAACUGUUGAAACAGUAUCCAUUAGGGUACAUUUCGGCAUAGAUAAGCUUUCCAUGAGUUACUGGGAUGAUAACAAAAACGCAACUGUUAAAUUGUUAGAUAAUGUGGAUAAUAUAUUAUCAUAUGCCGGAAAUGAAUUUAAGAUAGGACGUCACCAACAGAAUUGUGUAAAUGCUGGUCAUGUCUUUGUUAACAACAAUGUUUCCCUGCAACUUUGGCCUGAAAAUAUGAAACUAACUGAGUGUUCUAUUAUAUUAAUUAUGCUUCUUACGUUAAAACGAUACGCGGAAACAAAUUUGUCCAGGAAAGUUUCCAACUGUGUUCUCGUUAUUCCUUCCUUUAUUGAUUGUGAAAGUUAUUCAGGUAUUUCAAGAUUUUCGACCCUACUUAAUUUCAAAAUUUCAGUAAUUUCUGAAUCUGAUGCGGUUGCAAUUCAAUACUUUGGUCGUGUGGGCAUAUCUCACUUGUCUAAUAUUUUACAUUCCCUCGUAGUAAUUGUUCUAAGAAAGAGCUCUUUCGAAAUGGCAAGUUUUUCUAGCUCAGGUGGAAAAAUUUAUAGACAAGGGUUUCAGAGCUCCAAAAAGUCUGACUGAGGACAUAAAAGGGUUUUUGAUUACAUGUUGGAUUAUAUUUAUAACGAUUUUAUUACUAUGUUAAAAUCAGUUAUAUAUCUUCUUCCAAAUAAAUUCAAAGUAAUUUUAGUUUCCGAAACAAGAGACGUGGUUAACGAUACUUUCAGAACCAAACUUAAUGCUGUUGUUCCAAAUGGUUUACCCGAUGAACAAUUACUUAGCGUCUGUGCCGUAAAAGGCGCCUCACUCUUGGCUGGAAUUGAACACUUUAGUAAUUCAGCGCGGCAAUAUUGGACAAAAUCCAAUGGCGAAAUCAGGGAAGGGUCACUAUUGCUAAAUGAACAUAAUUAUAAUGCCAUUGGAGUGAUGAAAGGUUGGUGGGCCCCGACUACUGCUUAUGAGGAGAGUGAUAUCAUUAGUCAGGUAGCCUUUGCACAAAAAAUAAUGCAAAAGAAAUACGGACCAAUCAAACAGAAAUUCAGAGAGUAUUUCGCCGAAAAAAUGCAAAAGAUAAAGAAUGAUCAAAAUUUGUCUGAGUACAUGAAAGAAUUCUUAACUGAGCUAAUUAAAAAGAACUUGAGAUUGGUCGAGCAACUGGACUUGAGUGAAAAAUAUUAUUGCAAUAAACAAAAUGAACUUGACAAAGAAAUCGAGGACAUUAAAACCAGGAAUAAUAGUGGCAAAAAACAGUGAAGUAAAUAAUUAUAUUGGCAAAAUCUGACGAUCUUUGUAUGUAAAUUAUACAAACGAUAACUCCAAAGCCCAUAUUCACAUUUAUAUGUAUA